AUGAUGCAGCCUUUGGCGCGAGCGGCGCCCUCGCAGCACGCAGCUAAGGUCCUGGAGCACCCCACUCCGAGCCAUCACGCCAAAGAAGGAGCAGGGCGGUGCGCUUGCCGUGGCUGGGGCGCAUCAACAGCCCUGCUGGCGCUGCCGGCAGCUACGGCUUCCAGACGACUGAAGGACCGGCGCCUCACGUCAGCCAGAAGUAUCCGGCAGCUAGAGGCUCCGACUGCAGGGUGGGCCCGGCCGAGUGAGGCCGAGCGCGCGCUGCUCCUGAGCACGCUUCGGUCGCCUGAACAAUCGGUCCUUGUCGCAGACGGCCACCAGCUCCUGGCAAAGGAGUUUGAUCGCCAGAGCCCCCUCCGACUGAAGGGCCUGACGGACGACUGGCCUCUUGUCCAAGACAGCUUGGACGCUGUUCUGGACAAGUUUGAUGGCCUCAACUUCCGGCUCCGCACAGCGACGACGCUGCACGAGUACGGAUUCGUUGGGCCAUCGGACGGCCAGGUGAAGCUGCGAGACUACUUCAGCUCAGACUUCACCGACUGUGGCUCCAUCAUCUUCGAGAACGACUUUGUGAACACCUUACCGUUUCUGGGCCGCGAGUUCGAAGUGCCGGAGCUGCUAGCUGCCGUGCAGGGCAAACCUCUCUUUAGUGCUGGCCGCCGGGACACUGGCGUGGGCUUCCACCGGCACGAGGAAAGCUGGUUGGCACAAGUGCGUGGUCACAAAGUAUGGCUGCUGCUGCCGGAAGCUUCCGAGCGCCCAGAAGACCGACCCCCGUGGCAGUAUCUCCAGCACCCUCCGCAGGGCCUCCAGGUGUGCACGGCUGCGCCUGGCGAGGUUAUGUUCGUUCCCAGUGGGUGGUGGCAUGCCACCUGGAAUCUGGACGAGGUGACUCUGGCCGUCGGCUGGGAGGGAAGUCCCGCAGGGGAGCCCACCGAGGCCCUCAAGGCCAUCUUGGCCCAUGAUCUACCGAAGCUUCGGGAGGCCAGCAUCUCCACUGGUGAGGGGGGCGAGGAUGGAGGAGGUGCUGACGAGCAUUUGGCUGCCCUGGAAAUGGCAGCCCAAUGUGGCAACCUCGAUGCCUUGGAGUUCCUCACCUCUCAGGAGAUUGGGCUCGGUCCACAAGAGGCACCCAGCAUUGCCAUCGCCGCCGCCAAAGCAGGGCAGGUGCCGGUCCUGGAGUUGCUGAAGGCCAAGAAUUGCGACACCAUGCUGCUGCCGCGGCAUUGGUGGCUCCCGCCAUUUAUGUCCCAGGGCACCAGCGCGCUGCAUGAAGCUGCAGCAUGCGGCCACAGUUCCACUGUGAAGUGGCUCCUUGAGGAGAGGGCCGACCCCUUUCUUUGCAACGACACAGGUGAACCCAUCCACCUCGCCGCCUUGCAUGGACACGCGCAAGUGCUGGCGCUGCUGGCAAAGGUAGUCGGACCUUCGCGACCCCAUGUUGGCAGCACCACGCCGCUCCACCAGGCUGCCUUUGGCGGCCACGCCGCAGCGAUCCAAGCACUCGUGCAGUCUGGUGCCUCCGUCGACGAGGCGGAUCGCCGGGAGCAGCGCCCCAUUCACCAUGCCGCCCUUCGUGGCCACAGCGCGGCCUUGCGCAGACUCCUGGAGGCAGGCAGCAGUAGCAACAUCCUGGAUGCAAGACGUCGUGCACCCCUCCACCAUGCAGCUGAGGGCCUUCCACAGGACAGCGCCGAAGCCGACACAGUGCUCGUCCCCUUCGCAGGUGCAACACCUCGGGCGGCGCUGGACCACAAUGCCGCGGCGGUGGAGCUGCUACUGCAAGCCCGAGGUGACCCUUUGCACUGUGAUGAAGAUGGCCACACCCCGGCAGACCUGGCCAUGGCUGCAGGCCACUUCCGUGUGGCAGAUAUGCUGGAGAGGGCUGCGGCAGGCAAAAAAGAAGCUCCCAGCGGCCGCUACUGUUGGUGGUUGAUUUUCCAAGGGCAGCUCACAGAUGAGAGCUUUCUUCGCCAGGAAAGUACGGCGGACAGCUACGCCCUGGUGGCGCACUCAGCCCUCUUGUUCAAAACCGCCAUGAUCACACCCCCUCAGAUCUGCCGGAACGUGGCGCAUCAGGAUGUGAUCAUCACGGUGGAGGAUUGGCGCGCCAGCUCAGCUCAGGUGAUAGCUUCUCGGGUCACAGGGUUCAUAGCGUGCCAAACUUGCCGGCAGUCCGUCGUCAACUUCGCCGACCUGUGGAAGGCCUAUUUGAAGGACUGGUUUGCCCACCCCUACCACCCGGAGUUCAAGAACACACAGUUGCUGAUCAUCAUCAGCAUCAUUAUGGUGAUGGUGGUGAUGAUGAUGGUGGAGGCUUUCGGCAGUGGAAGCCCUGAUCCAAAAGAUGAGGCGGAAGAAGCGGAGGGAGGCCCUUUCGUUAACACGGAGCAGGAGAAUCGCCACACUGUGAUGUCAUCCAUUGGCCGAACUUUCAGCGGUAUUGGCAUUGGCCGCAUGAGCCGCAUGGGCAGCCGCCCCUCGGCCAAGGAGCUUGCAGAGCGUGUGGUGGAGUCGGUCACGCCGAGGUCCGGCAAGGACAUCCGCUCGACUUUCCUGGCCGGCAUGGAUGACAGCGAGGAGGACGACGACGACGAAGACGACGACGACGACGACGAUGAUGAUGAUGAUGAUGAUGAUGAUGAUGAUGAUGAUGGUGAUGGCGACGACCUCCACGUGCACCCACAGGUGCUGCUGGUUUUGUACAACCAGGCAGAACAAAGACGAGGAGUGGUAGAGCGGGCAGGUUGUGCCUGGCAUGUCGGCAUAGAAAGCUUUGCAGCUGCUCAUGGACUUUUGCAAAUCGAAGGCCUCGGCAAGAGGGAGAAGACCAUGUUCUUUGGACGAGAGGUGGGGACCCUGCGCAUCAAGGCCGAAGGGGAGGAGAAGGACAUCAUCCUGGAUCGCACCUACACCUUUUUGGACUACGUCCGUGGCGGCCUGGAGCUCCGCAUGAUGCUUGGCAUCGACUUCACACGCAGCAACGUCGCAACCUCACUGGAGGCUUUAUACGACACCCGGCUGAUCACACGAACGACGAGGUCUUCAGGUGUGGUUGACUUGGUCCGUCCUUCUAGAAAACGUAUGGCGCAGCAAGAGAUCCCCACAGCGUACGAGAAUGCGAUCAUUGCCCUGGGGAGCGUGCUCAGGAGCUAUGAUACCACGGAUGAGUACGCUGUCUACGGCUUCGGGGCCAAGAUACCUCCCAGCCAUUCUGCCCGGCUCUCGGUGUGCUCCAACUGCUUCGCGCUGACGGGAGACUUCCUUCAUCCUCAGGCCCAGCAACCACCAGCAAUGGCUGAGAGGUUUGCGCCACCUGGCCUCUCCAUUAGGCGCUCAUUGCCCCCAACCAUUGGCAAUGCCAUGCUGUGA